GCGGCGCGCAAGGCAUGGCAGCGGCGGAGGCAGCGGAGGCGGCAGUGGCGGAGGCGGCAGUGGCGGAGGCGGCGGCAGCGGAGGCCUCGCUGUCCCCGGGGCGGGAGGAGGAGCACGGAGAGAAGCCUGAAGGCGGUGGCGAGACCGCAGCGAUCAAUGGCGUCGUUGCCUCUGAAAAAGUGAAAAGCAACGACCUGGAUGUGGCAGUUACUGAGUCAGAAGUGAAAACCGAAGAAAAAGGAACAGAGGAAGAAUCCACAAGGGAAUCUGAUAGCAACAUCUUGGAUGUAUCGCCUGAUUACCCAAGAGAGAAACACAUUUCAAUUCAAAGACAUCUGGCUGACCUAGAGAAACUAGCUGGCCUGAAAGAAGGUGAGUUUCCCGUGGCAGUGUCCCAGAACACAGAGCUUCAUGUUACAGAUGAAAAGAAGCCUUGUCCGUUGUGUCCUGAGGAGAAAUUCAAAGCUUGCUAUAGUCAUAAACUCCAUCGUCAUCUGCAGAACCUGCACUGGAAAGUUUCUGUUGAAUUUGAAGGGUACAGAAUGUGCAUCUGCCACUUACCUUGUCAUCCAGUAAAACCAAACCUCGUUGGAGACCAGGCGUUUUCAAAGAUGGGAGCCCACUACCACUGUAUCAUCUGUUCAGCAACGAUCACGCGAAGAACUGAUAUGAUAGGUCAUAUUAAUCGUCAUGUGAAUAAAGGAGAAACUGAAUCGAGGUUUAUUACAGUUCUUGCUCCCAAGGCUUCUCGUGAAGUGCUGAAAGAGUCAGCCACAGAUGUGCAAGUUCUUCCCAACUACUCCACACCUCAGAAAACAGAUUCCUACUUUAAUCCUAAAAUGAAACUCAACAGGCAAUUGAUAUUCUGUGCGCUGGCUGUUCUAGCUGAGGAACGUAAACCGAUAGAAUGUUUGGAUGCUUUUGGUGCCACCGGUAUAAUGGGAUUACAGUGGGCAAAGCAUCUCCGAAGUUCUGUGAGGGUGACGAUUAACGACUGUAAUGAGAAUUCUGUGACGCUGAUUCAGGAAAACUGCCUUUUAAAUAAAAUGAAGGUGAAACUAAACACUAGGGAAGACGACCAAGAUGAAGCUAUGGGAGACGGAGAAGAAAAUACUGACACCAUUGAGGUGACAAAAAUGGAUGCCAACGUUAUAAUGCAUUUGAGGUCAUUUGAUUUUAUCCAUUUGGACCCCUUUGGAACUUCUGUGAAUUACCUGGAUUCUGCCUUUAGAAAUGUGAGAAAUCUUGGGAUUGUGUCGUUGACAUCCACAGACAUCAGCUCGCUGUAUGCAAAGGCUCAGCACGUCGCCCUGCGUCACUACGGCUGCAAUAUCGUCAGAACAGAGUACUACAGGGAACUGGCAGCCAGAAUUGUCCUCGCUGCUGUGACAAGAGCUGCAGCUCGCUGUAACAAAGGCAUUGAAGUGUUGCUUGCAGUAGCUCUAGAACAUUUUGUUCUAGUAGUGGUCAGAGUUUUAAGGGGACCGUCUCCUGCGGAUGAUUCAGCAAAGAAAAUAAGAUACCUCAUCCAUUGCCAGUGGUGUGAAGAGAGAAUUUUUCAGAAAGAGGGCAAUAUGGUAGAAGAAAACCCAUACCAGCAGCUGCCUUGCGAUUGUCACGGCAGCAUGCCUGGGAAGACGGCGGUAGUUCUUGGUCCUCUCUGGUCAGGAGCCCUCUUCAACACUGGAUUCCUUAGGAGAAUGCUGUUUGAGGCUGUUCAGUACGGGUUAGAUGAAGUCCAGCCACUUCUGAAGACAUUGGUUUGUGAAGCUGAGUGCACAACUUCCAAGCAUUUUUCUACUCAUAGCCCUUAUGAUGAGAACAAACAAGAAGAGUGCGGCGUAUAUAUUAAAACACCAAAAACUUCUGCAGAAUCCUUCUUGGUACCAGGAAAAAGAAAAUGUGAAGAAUUGAUUCGAAGUGCAGCCAAGCGACAAAAAUCCGAGAACAGUGCUGAGCACCCUGCGUUUUACUACAACAUCCACAGACACAGUAUUAAAGGAAUGAACAUGCCAAAGUUAAAUAAGUUCUUAACCUAUCUCUCUGAGGCUGGAUACAGGGUAAGUAGAACCCACUUCGAUCCCAUGGGAGUUCGCACGAAUGCGCCCUUGGCACAGUUUAAGACGAUCCUGAUGAAGUACAGCACUCCCACGUACACUGGGGGCCAAGCGGAAGGCCCUGUCCAUCUCCCUGAAGAUGUCCAGGCAGCGGAACAGGUUCAAGCUGCAGGAGAUGCCGAGUUUCUGGAAGAUGAUAAAUCUGGAGUCGCUGCCGCUGCAUUCGCAGAAGAGUACCCUCCUGGUUGUGAAGCUGAUUAAUGCAAAACGGUUUUGUUCACAGAGCAGGAUAUUACGGACUUGCAAGUGCAUCCCGUUCAAGUAAGCCAGUACUUCUUACCAAACUGGAAUUGGGAAACUUGAGCUGCCUGCUGGUUUAGUUUGAAAAGACGCUUUAGAAUUCUGUAGCAGAACUUUCCCCUGAUGACAGCGUGCAAGGGCAAGGUACCCUUGCUGGGAGAAGGUCUCAAUUACUUGCUUUUAUGCUCACAUCCACUUUCCCACUGUGUCUGCUCCCGAGUCCGUUGUUAAAGCCUCACUGCCAGCACGGAAUCCAGAAGGGUGGAUGGGGCCAAAAAUCUUUAAACGUUUCUGAACGUGAGGUUAAUACAGAGCAGGAUAUUCCCAAAACAAAUCAUUCCUAACACCUGACUGGUUACAAUUUGAAGGGGAGGGCACAUUAUGAUGAUAAAAUAUCACAGGAUAAAGUGCAGUCUUGAGUUUCAGCAAGUCCGAAAGUCUGCACUCUGCACCUCUAGGUCCAGACUGCACACGUAACACGGUCUUCAGUUCUUUGUUCAUUUUUCUCCCUACAAGCAAGGGCCCAACGCAAGUGAGAACAGAAAGGAAUGGUCCCAAGACUAUUACCGAAACUUGUGUUUUUAUCCAAACCGUAGAGAAUUGGUAGUUGCUCUAGAGUAGCUCUUUGUCCAGAGGUUACGUUUGGUUGAAUGCUGCAGAAAGGUACAGUGACAGUGGACACCACAGAUUAAAGCUGAAGGUGAAGUUUUGCUAUUGAUUUGUCAAUAAUACAGUGUCAGCUGUUAGAUCUCUUCUGUGAACGAGCAAAGAUGCUGUGUUGGUGGUCGGUUCUGGUUUCCUUAAAUACA